AUGCUUGGUAUCGCACUACGUGGCACAUUCGCCUUAUUUCCAAACACUACUGAUGUGUGUGAACAGACUUUUAUUGUGAUGAACGCCGACAAAGCCCCUCACAGAUCCCAGUUCAGAGAUGAACACCACAACGACUGGAAGUCGAAAAUAAGUAUACUGUUUAAUAAAUGUCUAUAUAAAUAUGGGUAUACUCUAAAAAUUAUCUAUCUAUCUAUCUAUCUAUCUAUCUAUCUAUCUAUCUAUCUAUCUAUCUAUCUAUCUAUCUAUCUCAUUCUGUUCAUAUUUUUCUAUCUAUUUAUCUGUCUAUCUAUCUCUGUCUUCACUCUUUUCAUCACUAUCUAUCUCUCUAUCUAUCUAUCUAUCUAUCUAUCUCAUUCUGUUCAUAUUCUUCUAUCUAGCUAUUUAUCUGUCUAUCUAUCUCAGUCUGUUCAUAUCUAUCUACCUAUCUAUAUAUCUAUAUAUCUCAUUCUUUUCAUAUCUAUCUAUCUAUCUAUCUAUCUAUAUCUGUUCACAUCUAUCUAUCGCAGUCUUUUCUUAUCUAUCUAUCUAUCUAUCUAUCUAUCUAUCUUUGUUCAUAUCUAUCUAUCCAUCUAUCUAUCUAUCUAUCUAAGUUUGUUCAUAUCUAUCUAUCUAUCUAUCUCAGUUUUUUUCUUCGAUAUCUUACUCUUCCUGCCACUUUCUUUCUUUCUUUCUUUCUUUCUUUCUUUCUUUCUUUCUUUCUUUCUUUCUUUCUUUCUUUCUUUCUUUCUUUCGUUUUACUUCAUUUAUUUCGUUCUUUCUGUCGAUCUUUCAUUCUUUCUUUCUUUCUUUCCUUCUUUCUUUCUUUCUUUCCUUCUUUCUUUCUUUCUUUCUUUCUUUCUUUCUUUCUUUCGUUUUACUUCAUUUAUUUCGUUCUUUCUGUCGAUCUUUCAUUCUUUCUUUCUUUCUUUCUUUCUUUCUUUCUUUCUUUCCUUCUUUCCUUCCUUCUUUCCUUCUUUCCAUCUUUAUUCAUUUUUUCAUUUAUUUCCUUCUUUAUUUCUUUUCGUCUUCUUCCUCUUUCUUUAUAUCUUCUUCUUCUUCCUUUUCGUCAUCAUCAUCAUCAUCAUCUUGUUCCUUUUCUUCCUCCUCUUCUUUUUCCUCUUCUUCUUCUUCCUCUUCUUCUUCGUCCCCCUUCUUCGUCCUCUUUUUUUCUUUUUCCUAUUCCUCGUCUUGUACUUGAACUGCUUCCUCUUUUUCUUCGCCCCCUCCUUCCUCUUCUUCUUUUUCUUCCAAUUCCUCUUCUUUUUCUACUUUUCUUUUACUGAUUCCUUUUCUGUUCCUUCUUCUUUCUCUUCUUCCUCUUCUUUUUAUUUUUCUUCUCCCAUCUUCUUCUUCUUCUUCUUCUUCUUCUUCUUCUUCUUCUUACUUUUUCCUCCUAUUCUUAUUCUUACAUUUCUUCUUCUUCUUCCUCUUCUUCUUCCUCUUCUUCCUUUUUUUCUUCUUCCUCCUAUUCUCCUUUUUUCUCUUCUUCUUCCUCUUUUUUUCUUCUUCCUCUUCUUCUACUUUAUCUUCUUCUUCUUCUCCUACUUCUUCCCCUUUUUCUUCUACCACUUCCUCUUUCUCUUCUUUUCCUUCUUCUUUAUUUUAUUCACUUUCUUCUCCUUCUCCCUCUUCCUUUUCUUUUUCUUCUUCCUCGUCUUCUGA